AUGCUUAUCCUGGGGCUGGCACUUCUGGGCAGCUUUUUUGUAGGCAUCUUCAUCUGGGCUGUCCUUCAGCACUUCCUCACAGCAGACAUCCCCUCUACGUUGCAAUAUCCCACCAAGCUCAGAUUUCUGCACUGCGUGUUCCUGUACAUGCUCACUUUGGCGGAAAUACUUGAGAAGUUGGGAAUUUGUUCCAUGCUCAGUUUUCUCAAAUUAUUGCAAGUUUGUGUGAGAAUAAAGAAAGACGAUAGACUUACGGUAACUGACCUGUAUUUUGGGACCAUACCUGUGAGGCUGUUCCAGCCCAAGGCAGCGUCUUCUGGCCCCCGGCGAGGCAUCAUCUUCUUCCCUGGAGGAGGCGGGUUCAUGGGGAGCCUGGACUUCUUCCACAACCUGAGCAGUUUGCUGGUCUUGGAGACGGACUCUGUGCUGCUGUUGGUUGGGUACAGAAAGCUUCCUGAUCACCAUUACCCCAGCAUUUACCAAGACUGCCUGAACGCCUCCAUUCACUUCCUGAAGACCCUGAAAAGCUAUGGGGUGGACCCCUCCCGUGUUGUGCUCUGUGGAGACAGUAUUGGGGGAGGGCACGUGGCCUCUGUCACCCAGGCUCUGGUGGGCAGAUCGGAUCUUCCCCAGAUCAAGGCCCAGGUCUUGGUUUAUCCAGUUACCCAGCUCAUCAAUUUGCAGCUGCCGUCCCACUGGCAGAACCGAAAUGUCCCGUUCCUCUCCCGGAAGUUCAUGAUGACAUGUGUGUUCAAAUAUAUGGUUAUGGACUUUCACUGGUGGGACGCCAUCUUGGGCGGUACUUUCAUACCCCCGGAAUUCUGGAGAAAGUACCAGAAGUGGCUCAGCGCCGACAACCUUCCCAGCAGAUUCAGAAAGCCAGGUUACCGACCUCUGUUUCCCGGCCCUUUUAAUGAGGCUGCCUACCUGGAAAACAAACAUCUUUUGGAUGUAGAAAAUACCCCUCUGCUCAGGGAUGAUGAGACCAUCGCUCAGCUUCCUGCAGCCUUAGUGGUAAGCUGUGAGCAUGACAUCCUCCGUGAUGACGCCUUGCUCUAUAUGAAGCGGUUGGAGGACCAGGGGGUCCCCGUGACGUGGUAUCACGUGGAAGAUGGCUUUCAUGGGUCCUUCCUGUUUUCUGAUAAGAAGUUUUUCUCUUUCCCAUGCUCCCUGAAAAUUAGAAACGCUGUCAUCGGUUAUAUAAAAAGCAUAUAGUAACCCUGGGGCGCCCUUGUCCUUCUCUUGGGCUGAUUAAGGAGAUGCUCAGUCAAUGCUUGGCCCACACAAGAAGGAUAAGGAGCCUUGGAACAGUCUCGCUUAGUACCUAAGAAAAUCCAAAAUGCUGCUUUUUCUUUCUGGCACCGACAGUGGUUAAUCCUGGAUCUAGCAAUACUCGCCAACAUUCUCACUCAGGUGAAAUAAAUAUCAAAGGGAGGGAAAAAAAAGGUCUUUAAAAAUUUCUCAAAGUCCUAACACACAACCUCUGUGUAGAGUGAAUGCCAACAGUUGGUCAUACUGUCCCUGGUGAAUCUGUACUCAGGACGCUAAAGCUAAAGCCCGGCUUGGGGUCAUGCUGCCUGUUGGAGGAGGGGACACCUAAUUGUUCUUGGGUUCAGAGGUCACCAGCAAAAUUCCAACAGACUGGUUCCAGAUUAGCCUCCAGUCAGAGAAAUGCUGUUGCAGUAGAACUCUUGCUCAAGUUAGCCAUCCAUUGGCUGGACUAAAGGCAGAUUUUAGGGGAAGUGAUUGGAAAAAGAGAUGGGAAAGAGGGAAGAGAGAGUCCAUGUGGGAAAGAGUGGGCUCUGGGGGGCUAUGGAUGUUGUAGGGACUCACAUCAUUAAUCUGAAUUUCAAAAUCAGAUCCCUGGCUACCAAGAGGCAGACUUUCAGUGACAAGGCUGUCUUGGGAACCUCUGGAUGCCAUCUGAAUCUGCAAACUGCAUUCUCAAAAACAGACACCUUACUAUACCCUCUUUCUCUGGUGAUCUUAUGUAUCAUUCCCACUUUUACAAAGAAUCUUGCCCUAAGGGUGCCUGGCCAGCUCAGUUGGUAGAACCUAUAACUCUU